AGCUCAUGACGUCAUCUGAGAGAGGGUAGCUAGCUACAAAACAACAUGCCAAAGUUGCCGGUGGCAGGAGAAGGAGAAGGCGGAGAAGUGGGAGUCUGAAACAACAUCUUCUGUCUGGGUUUUCUGAGAGUUUGAAGUGAUGAGAGGACUGCCGUUAGCUAGCUUUAGUUUUAUUAACUCAAAGUGGUUUUACUGAACUAUUAGCUAACCAGCUAGACGUGGCUAAUGUUAGCUAGUUAGCUAACCUAGCUAGCCACUACUAGCGCCUGGUAUUUUAAACGUUGUGCCCUGUUUUUUGGCUAGUUCUUGGAGUUUAAUAGAGUAAAGUAGAUCUAAACUAGCUAUAUUGCUCGCAGAAACUGUCCGCUGGGUCUUUGACGGAUGUACAUUAAGUCUACAAGAAAAAGGAGAGACUGACAGAGGCUUAAUAACGUUGGUUGACCUCCCUUCCACUGGCUUGCAAUAAAAAAAAUGGCAGCCAACAAACCCAAGGGACAGAGCUCUCUGGCCCUGCACAAAGUGAUUAUGGUGGGCAGUGGUGGAGUGGGCAAAUCUGCACUAACUCUACAAUUCAUGUAUGAUGAGUUUGUGGAGGACUACGAGCCCACCAAAGCUGACAGCUACAGAAAAAAAGUGGUUCUGGAUGGAGAGGAAGUCCAGAUUGACAUACUGGACACGGCUGGUCAGGAAGACUAUGCAGCAAUUCGAGACAACUACUUCAGAAGUGGAGAAGGAUUUCUCUGUGUGUUCUCAAUUACAGAAUCAGAGUCUUUCGCUGCAACAGCUGACUUCAGAGAGCAGAUUCUCAGGGUUAAGGAGGAUGAGAAUGUGCCCUUCCUGCUGGUUGGAAAUAAGUCAGAUUUGGAAGACCGGCGACAGGUGGGAAUGGAGGAGGCAAAGUCCCGAGCCAAUCAGUGGGAAGUCAGUUACGUGGAGACCUCUGCCAAAACCCGUGCCAAUGUAGACAAGGUGUUUUUUGACCUCAUGCGACAAAUCAGGGCAAGAAAAAUGGAAGAUGGCAAAGAGAAGAAUGGGAAAAACAAGAGGAAGAGUUUGGUGAAAAGGAUUCGAGAGAGAUGUUGCAUUUUAUAACGACCAUGUCCGUACGUGCUGACACCAAUCCUUUCUGAGCCCUGACUGCUGUCCUCAAUGCUACUAAAUAUUUAAUUAGCUUCUUAUUUAAUCUUUCUUUUUUAUGAUUUAGUAAAAGAGGUGAAGAGAAAGGUGUCUGCAAUUUGGACAGUUUUAAACAAGGAUGCUGCUUAAGAUUUAAACUAAAUGUCACUUAAGCGUAAGAAUGCUAUGAAGCCAUUUCAUUUUAAUAUUUAAAUGUACUGUGUAUAGACCAUCUAAUAUGGAACUGCUGCAUCUGUCUUACAUAUGAUUGUAGUUUCUGGAAUUUAAGAAAAAGGAGGGCUUAUUUUCCCAUUACAAAGCUCAAAAAUGAGUCUAAACACUAUCACACAGGCCACGUCACAGGUCAGUAUGAGUAUCGUACAAUGAGAAUGAACAUACAAAAGAAAAACAUAAGACUUACCCAGGUUUCUUUUCAUUUAAUCAAACAGAUGCAAGAUGCUUAAAUAACUGUUUGUUCUAUCUAGUGCCGUAAUUUGCCACAUUAAGGUGGUUACUGUGCAGGUAAAAUUUAGAAUGUUCUGUAUGUUUGCACACGUAAGCAGCCAAAAAUUGCACCACAUUGUCCUCAUCCAAGCCACCACGAUUUCAUGAGAUAUUAAACCAAAUAUUAAAGCUAUAAUACUGGAAGAAGUUUCUUUUUAGUCGGUGAGAUAAAACAGUAAGAUAAAUUGGAGUGAGGACAAAUAAAACUACUGUUACCAAAGUAAUAUUCCUAAACCACUACAGUUCCCACCAUACCAUGCAAAGUUUCCUAAGAGUCAUACUCAUUUGUGAAAUUACCUUAUUUACCCUAAUCUAUCUUGACAGUUUGGUCCCAUUCACCCCUCAGUGAUUCCUAUAAAACCCCAGUUGCCCUUAAAAAACAAGCCCGUCAACUUAAGCCUUUUACAGUUUAGAAUGUGUGCACAUCAAAGGCUGAUGCUACAAAGAUAGUUUAGUUUAUGAUGUUCCAGUGGUUGAGAAGUAUGAGACAUGCAUAUCAGCUGCUGAGAAAAUCAAGUGCCUUUUUUGUAUAACAAAUUAAUCUAAAAUCUUAAAAAAAAAAAAGUCUAUGAGUAUCCAGGAUUGAACAUAGGCAUCCUUGCUUUUAAAUCUACAAGAAUUACCCACUAAAAACCCUUUGCUGCUUUUUAACAUAGUUUCAGAGAUAUUUAAAGCCAUAUAAAAACACUAUUAGGCUACGAAAUUAGGCUGUUUUUGCAAUAGGAAUUCCUGUUUUCUUUAUAUGUUUUACAAUCAGCCCAACAUCAUACAAAAACACAUUUGUUUAAACAAAUCUGUAAAAGUGACAAGUCAACAUGUAGGGAAUACAUUCAUGUAGGAAUGUGGCCCUUGGUUGUAAAGAACAGAUCAGAGCUUGAAACUGAUCAAAUGUUAUCCAUCAGCAUUGAGCCCAAAAAUUUGGUUUCUGAUUUGAGCUGCUUUAGUAUACAACGGAAGAUGCUAGGCUAACUUAUCUUACAAAUACUGUACUGAAGAGUGUUACCAGUCUCAUCUUAAACAUGUAUUUAUUUUUGUUAUAUAUAUUUCUACUGAAGGUGUGUAAACUGUUCUUUUGUUUUAAGAAAAAUGCAGUAAAAUGACAUUGGAUGGAACAAUUAGGUUACAUUUGGAACACAGUUCCAGAGUUUGCCUAGCAUCUCCUAUUUUAGACUUAAUAAGCCAGCUUUAGGUACAAAACCUCUUUUGGGAUCAGUGAUAAACCACAUUUAUUUUAUUGUUAUUAACUAUUCAUUUGGCAAAUUAUUAUUUCAUGCUUGAGGUGUAAAACACCGUAGAAUACUUUACAAGAAAUCUUAAGACCAUAAAUUAUCAUCUUUAAAUUCAUCCUUUUAAAUACCUUAAACUAACUGAAAAUAUGCUAGGAUACCACAAUAACAUUUUAAUGAGUGAUUGUCCGCAUUUGGAAUUACUACAGGCUGUGAGGUUUAAACACUUGUAACAGAAUUUAAUUUUGAUGUUCAUGACAAACACUAUGGCUUAAGCUUGAAUAUAUAUAUAUACUAUGAUACAUUUCAGUUUGCUUAUGCACGGCUAGGUUUUUUUUUUGGGAUUGACAUGUUUAUGUAUAAACAAGACACUGACUGUUACAUGAUUUGUUCAUGACUGCAAUGGAAAGGGCUGUUUCCAUUUUUGGUAUGUUUAAAAAAAGCAACAGACAAGACACAUUUAUCUGGCUUUAAAUUAAUACAAUAGAAACGUGGCAUUUCUAGCUUCUGGGCUCCCACUACAGCUAGUUAUUUGCUAUGGCUGCCUUGUAACCAUAAUUGAACAUUAUGCGUAUUACUGGAGGCGUCCACUAGGGGCUUUCCUCCACUUAUUACAGCAGCAAUGACACUUCCAACAUAAGUGGGUACUUGUGAACAUGGUUUCGCAGCAUUUCUUCAAAACUUUUCAUGUUGUUCCAGCAUGGCCCCUACUAUUUCUGUCCAUGCUGCAUUAAUUUCUGAAGAUGUGCAAGAAGCAUGUGAAGUGAGGAAGCAGAAUGUUAUGAUAGGAUUUUGCUCAGAAGUGUUGCGCCAUUCACAUAAAGAUUUUACUGCCCGUUUAGAGUGGACAUGAAAUUCCCUAUUAUAAGUCAGUGGAGUAAAAACAUAAAUUUGAUGUAGAUCAUUUAAAGUGUAAAUGCUACAUAUUUACUGUUUAAGAUUAAUAACCAAAGGUUUGUAAAACUAAAAUAAAUACAAAAAUGGAAAAACACUAGCAUGGCGUUUCAGCUUUGCGUAGCAUUUAUGAGCUCAGUAGUUAAACUACUGCAAGAAACGGGAACUUUGUUUCUAUUGUCCGAGCAGGUUUUGAACUAAUGUAUGUACUUAACCCUUUAAAUGUGCAUGUCUUUUGGGACCUUUUAAACAGAGCAGUCAUUGUAUAGACAUACAGUUCCUGCAUCUCUUAUUAUGUAAUUGUUUUCAUUUUCCCACCUUCUACAUAGAAAGUACCUUUAAAUGAAUUUUGAUAAUGAUAGUUGAAUGAUCUGAAAUGGCCAAGCAGCAUUAUGGAGAAAUCAUUUCAUGAUAACAUUUUAGCAUUUCUUUAGGAAUUAUUCCUUUAACCAGAAGGAGAGUCUGUUUACUAACUAACGUUGCUGACUGACAUGAUUGUGGUGCCAUGGGGAAAUGAAGCUGAAAUUGUCUCUUUAGCUGAUACCAUUUGGUACUUUCUUUGUAAUGUUUUGUUCAUUAAAAGCAUAGAGAAAAAAAUAAAAUGGAUUUUAAUAUGAUUCUCAUUGA